AGGACGUGAAUGGUAAUUAUACUGCUAACGAUAGUGCUUAGAUAUUUAUCUGUUUUAAUUGCAGAUGCUCUCAGAUAAGUGUAACCAUCAUCGGGCCACACAUGAUAACUCUUUUAUGAGUUAACUCAUGCCUUUCGGCCUCACAUUAACUACCUCAGGGUUUGGAUUUCAAUCGGUAGGAAUGUGAUACGAUUGCUAUGCCGUGGGACGCACGGGGACACGAGGGUGAAAUAAGGCAACGUGCAUAACCUAAAGAUUAGGACAAUGCUAUUCAUGCCACAGUCGUCCCGGCGUCGACCAUUCACUGGUGACAUCGCUGCCGCCUUGGCUACACCACUCACAGCAUCUUCGCUAUGCAGCCGCUGGUGCUCGUCCUCCUGGCCGCCGCUGCCACCGCCGCCCCACGACCCGAUGUGCGCCACGUCGAAAUCAUAAACGGCAAAAAUGAUUUCACAACGAAGGGACACUUUGAGUAUGGCUUCGAGACCCCCAGCGGGAUCGUGGUGAGAGCAGAGGGCUACCCAGGGAGCGAGGGGCAAGUCAACAUCCAUGGUCACUACAGGUACCCGCUCCCCGACGGCAGCAUCGUGGAGGUGCACUACGUGGCCGAUGAGAAGGGCUUUCGCGUGCAGUAUCCACUCGUCCACGCGGGCAGCCACGACCACGCACACGCGGCCACCGGGUCAGAUACCCAUGUAGCAGACGACCUGCACCUCAGAGUGCAAAAGGACUUGAGCUUCCUCUUACCGGUCGAUGAGCUCGUUCAUGACCAUCACUCCCACCAAGACGCGUCUGGUGCUCACGACCUGUCUGGAUCCUCUACUCACUUGACGCCAACCAUUCAUUACGACCACCAUUCUCAGGCACACCAUGAGGGUAACCACGCCCACGCCCUGUCUGACGCACACCAUGAGGAUAAUCACUCCCACACCAAAACUGACACACACCAUGACAAUAACCACGCCCCGUCUGACGCACACCACAAGGAAGACAACGCCCACGCCCACACCACAUCUGACGCACACCAUAAGGACGCCCACGCCCACGCCCCGUCUGACGCACACCAUAAGGACGACCACGCCCACGCCCCGUCUGACGCACACCAUAAGGACGACCACGCCCACGCCCCGUCUGACGAGCACCAUAAGGACGCCCACGCCCACGACCCGUCUGACGCACACCAUAAGGACAACCACGCCCACGCCCCGUCUGACGAACACCAUAAGGACGACCAGGCGCACGCCCACGCCUCGUCUGACGCACACCAUAAGGACGACCACGCCCACGCCCCGUCUGACGCACACCACAAGGACGAUCAUUCUCACGUUCCAUCUGACGCACACAAAAAAGACGACCACUCCCACGCCCCGUCUGACGCACACCACAAGAACGAUCAUUCUCACGUUCCAUCUGACGCACACCAAAAAGACGACCACUCCCACGCCCCAUCUGACGCACGCCAAAAAGACGACCACUCCCACGCUCCGUCUGACGCACACCAAAAAGACGAUCAUUCUCACGCCCCAUCUGACGCACAACAGAAGGACGUCCACGCCCACGCCCCGUCUGACGCACACCAUAAGGACGUCCAAGCCCACGCUCCGGCAGACGCACAGCAAAAGGACGACCUUCCUCACGUCCCGUCUGACGCUCACCACAAGGACGUCCAAGCCCACGCCCCGGCAGACGCACACCAGAAGGACGUCCACGCCCACUCCCCGUCUGACGCACACCAAGAGGACGAUCACACCCACGCCCCGGCAGACACACAACACAAGGACGACCAUUCUCACGCCCUGUCAGACGUACACAACGACGCGUCUGGUGAUCAUGACCUGCACGACCUGUCUGGAUCCUCUACUCACUUGACGCCAACAAUUCAUUACGACCACCCUUCUCAGGCACACCAUGAGGGUAACCACGCCCACGCCCCGUCUGACGCACACCAUGAGGAUAACCACGCCCACGCCAAAUCUGACGCACACCAUGACGAUAACCACGCCCACGCCCCGUCUGACGCACACCAUGAGUAUAACCACGCCCACGCCAAAUCUGACGCACACCAUGACGAUAACCACGCCCACGCCCCGUCUGACGCACACCAUGAGGGUAACCACGCCCACACCCCGUCUGACGCACACCAUGAGGGUAACCACGCCCACACCCCGUCUGACGCACACCAUGAGGGUAACCACGCCCACACCCCGUCUGACGCACACCAUGAGGGUAACCACGCCCACACCCCGUCUGACGCACACCAUGAGGGUAACCACGCCCACACCCCGUCUGACGCACACCAUGAGGGUAACCACGCCCACACCCCGUCUGACGCACACCAUGAGGGUAACCACGCCCACACCCCGUCAGACGCACACCAUGAGGGUAACCACGCCCACACCCCGUCAGACGCACACCAUGAGGGUAACCACGCCCACACCCCGUCUGACGCACACCAUGAGGGUAACCACGCCCACACCCCGUCAGACGCACACCAUGAGGAUAACCACGCCCACGCCAAAUCUGACGCACACCAUGAGGAUAACCACGCCCACACCCCGUCUGACGCACACCAUGAGGAUAACCACGCCCACGCCAAAUCUGACGCACACCAUGAGGAUAACCACGCCCACGCCCCGUCUGACGCACACCAAAAGGACGCCCACGCUAACGACCAGUCUAAAGAACACCAUAAGGACGCCCACGCCCACACCACAUCUGACACACACCAUAAGGACGCCCAUGUCCACGCCCUGUCUAAUGCACACCAUAAGGACGACCACGCCCACGUCCCGUCUGACACACAACAAAAGGAUGCCCAUGUCCACGCCCCGUCUGACGCACACCAUAAGGACGACCACGCCCACGCCCCGUCUGACGCACACCAUAAGGACGACCACGCCCACGCCCCGUCUGACGCACACCAUAAGGACGACCACGCCCACGCCUCGUCUGACGAGCACCAUAAGGACGACCACGUCCACGCCCCGUCUGACGCACACCAUAAGGACGACCACACCCACGCCCCGUCUGACGCACACCAUAAGGACGACCACGCUCACGCCCCGUCUGACGCACACCAUAAGGACGACCACGCCCACGCCUCGUCUGACGCACAUCAUAAGGACGACCACGCCCACGCCUCGUCUGACGAGCACCAUAAGGACGACCACGCCCACGCCUCGUCUGACGAGCACCAUAAGGACGACCACGCCCACGCCCCGUUUGACAAACACCAUAAGGAAGACCAGGCGCACGCCCACGCCCCGUCUGACGCACACCAUAAGGACGACCACUCCCACGCCCCAUCUGACGCACACCACAAGGACGAUCAUUCUCACGUUCCAUCUGACGCACACCAAAAAGACGACCACUCUCACGCCCCAUCUGACGCACACCAUAAGGGAGUCCAAGCCCACACCCCGGCAGACGCACACCAGGAGGACGUCCACGCCCACGCCCCGUCUGACGCACACCAAGAGGACGAUCACACCCACGCCCCGGCAGACACACAACACAAGGACGACCAUUCUCACGCCCUGUCAGACGUACACAACGACGCGUCUGGUGAUCACGCCCUGCACGACCUGUUUGGAUCCUCUACUCACCUGAAGCCAUCCAUUCAUUACGACCACCCUUCUCAGGCACACCAUGAGGGUAACCACGCCCACGCUAAAUCUGACGCACACCAUGAGGGUAACCACGCCCACGCCCCGUCUGACGCACACCAUGAGGAUAACCACGCCCACGCCAGAUCUGACACACACCAUGACAAUAACCACGCCCCGUCUGACGCACACCAAAAGGACGCCCACGCUAACGACCAAUCUUACGAAAACCAUAAGGACGCCCACGCCCACACCACAUCUGACGCACACCAUAAGGACGACCACGCCCACGCCCCCGCAGACACACACCAUAAGGACGACCACGCCCACGACCACGCCCCGUCUGAUGCACACCAUAAGGACGACCACGCCCACGACCACACCCCGUCUGAUGCACACCAUAAGGACGCCCACACCCACACCCCGUCUGACGCCCACCAUAUGAACGCCCACGCCCACGCCCAUGCCCCGUCUGAAGCACACCAUAAAGACGACCACGCCCACGACCAGGCCCCGUCUGACGCACACCAUGAGGACGACCACGCCCACGCCCCGUCUGACGUACACCAUAAGGACGCCCACGCCCAUGCCCCGUCUGACGCACACCAUAAGGACAACCACGCCCACGCCCCGUCUGACGUACACCAUAAGGACGACCACGCCCACGCCCUGUCUGGCGUACACCAUAAGGACGACCACGCCCACGCCCCGUCUGACGUACACCAUAAGGACGCCCACGCCCACGUCUCGUCUGACGUACACCAUAAGAACGUCCACGCCCUGGUCCUGAGUGACUCCCACUCUGAUGGCGAGUUGCCUCACGCUCACCCAGUGCCUGCACCGCCGAGUCACCACGGCCUGCCUCAGCCACACACCAACACCCUUCCUGACCCACACACUCAACACAGCCAACAGUCACCAGACGAGGCUUCCCAGGCUGUGUUCAUCGAUCUGCGUCGCCUUCCGUAAUGUGUUUGGUACUCACCUGUAGAGGAGAAAAGAAGAAGUAAGAAUUCAAGAUAUUUUUGUGGUUUUAAUGAGUCAAUGACGUAAAAAAAAAGAAACAUAUACUUAUAUGUUAUUAUAUUUAUUAAUUGCUUUGAAAUAUUUAUAUGAUGUAUAUAUAGUAUAAGAAUAGUAAUAAACGUAAUGA